ACCAUGGAACCGAGGGGCCAGGCAACAGGGACCUUCUCUCCAAGUCAAGUAACUCAUAUUUGAGGAUCUUGUCUAGAAAUUACACAUUAUUGCUGCCAACACUUCUCCCAAAACCACGAACCACGAUGUCUCCAAAGGCUUUUCUGACGGGCACAACGGGCUACAUCGGCGGUGAUUUCCUUUACCUGGUUUCCCAACGACACCCAGAUUGGGAGCUCACUUGCCUGGUGCGAAACAGCGACAAAGGAGCAAAAAUCGCAGCAAAGUAUCCCAAAAUCAGACUUGUCUACGGGGAUCUCGAUACCGUCGACUUGAUUGAGGAGGAAGCUGCCAACACAGACAUCGUCUAUCACUUUGCCAACUGUGACCAUGUACCGUCAGCUCAAGCUAUUUCUCGAGGCCUUGCGCGGCGACAGCGUGAAGGCAAUGGGUAUUGGAUCCAUACCUCGGGUACAUUGAUCCUCGGCUAUGAGACAAUCUCUAAAGAAGCGUUCGGCGAGCGUCUUGACAAGGUUUUCGAUGACUGGGAGAACAUCAACGAACUCACCUCGCAACCCCAUGAAGCACCCCACAGAGAUGUCGACGAAGUUGUGCUGGCUGCCGGCUCGGCCAAAGUCAAGACCGCCAUCGUUUGUCCUCCAACGAUCAUAGGUGCAGGGCGAGGCCCGGACAAUGCACGCUCAGUACAGCUCUAUAACGCCACUGCGGCAUUCCUGAAGAAUAAGCAGGGCUUCAAGGUUGGCAAGGGUGAAAACAUAUGGCACCAUAUCAAUGUGCAAGAUCUUUCCGAGCUGUAUCUCUCGCUGGGCGAGGCGGCUGCCAACGGAGGAUCUCCAGCUACAUGGAACGACCAAGGGUACUACUUGGCGGAGAACGGGUCCUUUGUUUGGGGCGAAGUCUUGCAGGAGGCCGCGAAUAUUGCGCACAAGGAAGGCCUCCUCCCAGAUGCCACCCUCAAGAGCUACUCACCUAAAGAUGCCAAUGAGAUCAUGCCGUUCGCAGCAUUCAUGGUGGGCACAAAUUCUCGUGGUGUUUCAGAGCGAGGCAAGAGACUUCUGGGAUGGACCCCAAAGAUGCCUGAUAUCAAGGCAGAGGUAGUAACCACCGUCGACAGCGAAGCCCGGCUACUCGGCUUGAAGAAGAGCCAUGCUGAGAAAGUUCAAGGCUAGACUUUACUGUGUUUGAGUCAUAGACCAAGAAGCUGCAUAUCUGGAGCGGGGAAGACGAAGUCAUGAAAAAAUGAUGAUGGCAUUAGAUGCUUCAGUGUUGAUUAAAGACAGGGGACGAGACGACAGCCCAAAUUGAUCACCGUGAACGCAACGAGUAUUGACGAUCAUGUCCAUAUAUCUCACAAUAAACAUUUUGAGAUCAUCAAAAUCGUUCUACAUAUCUUUAGUCGUUACUGGGCUUCAAUACCUUGCCUGGCCCUGC